GCACCCAGACCCGUCCCAGCAUCCUAUAAAAUGCGCCUCGCAUCCGAGAUCCAUCCAUCCACAACAUCCAGAGCAAAGAGCAUCCAGAUUCCACACUCCAGAGCAACUGUUUCAGGCUGAGUUGAGUUUUUUUGGGGUUGCCAAUGGCGGACAUCGCGAUGCUGGUGGCGGAGGAGCACGAGAAGAGGAUGAAGCGAGGGGCGCCCCGCACGGUCGCCGGCGCCGGCGAGGAGGCGUCCGAGGGAAGGGUGAACUUCGGGGCGGUGACCAAGGUGUGGGGCUCCUGGGCCGAGUCUGCCGCCGCCGCCGCGUCCGGGGUCAAGGUGCACGUCGCGGUGCUCGUCAGGUCCGACCUGGUGGCGGCCGAGCCCAGGAGCCCGGUCGCCCGGGCAGCCUUCGACGGCUUCUUCUCUGCUUGAUGAGUGUGAAUUAGAGUAAUUCGGAGGAGUUUACCGUGUGGAGUACCUCUCCCCCUUAAGCCAGCGUCAUAUAACUCCGGUUUGUACAUAACCGUGUGCUUUACUGGUUUGCAACGAGGAAGAAGUGUACUUUUCGUACUGCUCUUCGCUUGGGCGGCAACUAUGCGUUUUGACAUUUUAUCUUUGGAGUUGGGCGCUGCCAGGCGCCGGCCGACCGGCCAAAAUCCUAAACCGGUGACCCUCGGAGUCGUUCAGUCACAGUCCCAUGUACGGUAACGAUUUGUAUGAGUCGGUGAGCGAGAAAAAAAAAUCCUCCCAUGUGCCUUCA